CAUAGAAAAGGAAGGGAAACCCCUUGUCUUUUUCAGGUUCUCAGCACUCUAUAAUCUCAGAGAGGAUACCCUUCUACCCAUACAUUCCAGAGAAGCAUCUCUCUCUCUCUCUCUAGUGUUCAUGUAAUUUUGGUAAACUACGUUGUCAAAAGGCAUUAGCUGCUUCUUCUUUCAUCUUUAUUGUUGUUGUUUCUUCUGGUUUGUGGAAUAUGAGGGUGAGGUGGGCCUUUGGUAUUAUUCUUUUCGUAGUUUUCAUGGUAAUCCAACAUGAAGUAAAAAAACCUGUGAGUGUGGAUGGAGGCUUUGGGAAAACCAUUGGAACCCAUUUUUUAAUGAAUGGGAGGCAUUUUUACAUGAAUGGUUUUAAUGCAUACUGGUUGAUGUACAUGGCAUCUGACCCAUCUUCGAGAGGGAAUGUGACUAGUGCCUUCCAACAAUCCUCUGGCUAUGGAAUGACAAUGGCAAGGACUUGGGCUUUUAGAGAUGGUGGCUACAAACCCUUGCAGAUUAAGCCUGGCGUUUAUGAUGAGAUUAUGUUCCAGGGAUUGGAUUUUAUGAUUUCCGAGGCUAAAAAGUAUGGAAUCUAUCUGAUUCUGUGUUUGGUGAAUAACUAUCCGGAUCUUGGGGGAAGAAAACAAUAUGUGAAGUGGGCGACAGAGCAGGGCCAGUCCCUGACCUCCGAUGAUGACUUUUAUACCAACAAUGUUGUUAAAGGCUUCUACAAGAACAAUGUCAAGGCUGUUCUUACAAGGAUGAACACGUUUACUGGGGUGGCUUACAAGGAUGAUCCCACCAUUUUUGCAUGGGAACUCAUAAACGAACCUCGCUGCGAGAGCGACCUCUCUGGAAAUACUUUACAGGAUUGGAUUGCAGAAAUGGCAGCUUUUGUGAAAUCCAUUGACAGUAACCAUCUUCUAGAAGUUGGACUUGAAGGGUUUUAUGGCGAAUCCCAGAAGCAAUCUAAUCCUGGUGGUUACCAAUUUGGAACAGAUUUCAUCUCCAACAAUCAGAUACCAGAAAUUGAUUUCGCGACGGUGCAUGCCUACCCAGAUCAAUGGUUAGCAGACUCAAGUGAAGAGGACCGGCUUAAUUUUCUACAUACUUGGUCUGAAGCCCACAUUCAAGAUUCGAUUAUGGUCCUUAAAAGACCGCUCCUGCUCACUGAAUUUGGAAAAUCAUCGAAGGCUUCUGGGUAUACCAUUAACAAAAGGGAUGCUGUUUUUGAAACUCAUUACGACAUUAUCUACAGCUCUGCGAAUAGUGGUGGCCCAUAUGCUGGUGGGCUCUUUUGGCAGCUCUUGGACCCUGGAAUGGAUUACAUGAGAGAUGGCUUUGAAGUUAUUAUCCCUGAUAGCCCAUCAACGGCUAAUAUUAUUGCUCAACAGUCAAAGAAGAUAUCGGCCCUUAAUAGGUAGAAAGCCCAAAUCAAUGAAAUGUGAUAGAUUUACUUUUUCUUUCUUUUUUUU